AUGAAGCCUGGGGGUUGCAGUGCCCACGCUAGUGGUGAUGAUGGGGCAGAACCCUCUACUACUGGUGGCGGUGAUUCAGAUGUAGUUCUACGUAGUGUAGCUCGGCACGUUAUAGCUAAGAUUGCACAGAGCUCUAGGGAGCAGGGAGGACCAACAGCAAACCAGGGCUACACCAUAGAGAAUUUUUCUAAAAUGAAUCCUCCGGUGUUUUCAGGAGGAGCUAAUCCUAAAGUUGCCAAAAACUGGAUGCAGGAGAUUAAGAAAAUACUAAUGGUCCUUUAUUGUACCGAUGAACAAAGGGUUCUAUAUGUUACAUAUAAGUUGACAGUUGCGACUGAGAGGUGGUGGACAACCGUGAAAUUGCUUGAGGAACAGAGACCCAUACCAGUGGGGCAACUGACAGUUCAACAAUAUGCAACAAAGUUUAUCAAGUUGUCACACUUUGCUCCCUACAUCGUUCCAGAUAAGUUGAAGAAGGCGAGAAUGUUUGAGAGGGGUUUGAGGCAUGACAUCCAUAGACAGGUGGUAGUACUAAAGAUGCAAGAUUUUUCCAAAUUAGUUGAUAGGGCCACAAUAGUAAAGGAGAGCAAUCAGAGGGAUAUGGGAACAUCGAGCUAG